CUGUUCGGGCAGCAGUGAAAACCUGGGAUCAGAAAUAAUCUUCCAGUCAGGGAAAUAACUCUCAAGCUUGUGUUUACCUGGAAGCCGCUCGAGGACCCGUGGGUGGUCCCCGGACCCCACUUUGGAAACCCUCCUGCCGCUGCCUCCAACUUAUGCAGCUUAAACCUAAAGAAAAGAGAAUCUCUCCUGUCAGUGCCUCCACGGGACGAGGGGAGUCCGGAGAGUGAAAAUUACAAAAACACACAAACUACAGGUGUGUCGGAUGAAAGAGCAGGAGCCGAUUUGGUUCGCCGGUGCAGCUCGGAUAAUAAGUUUCUGUGAUGGAGUGGCGUGAGCAGUCCUCUGUCAGCUGCGACGAAGCCUACUUGGAGGCGCAGAGAUGGAUUGAGGCAGUAACCAAGAAAAAAUUUGGGAGCAACGACUUCCGAUCAGCGCUGGAGAAUGGCGUUCUGCUGUGUGAUCUGAUCAACAAGAUCAAGCCUGGUAUUAUCAAGAGGGUUAACAGGCUGCCCACACCUAUUGCUGGGCUGGACAACCUUAACGUCUUCCUCAGGGCCUGUGGGAAGCUCGGACUAAAGGAAGCGCAGCUCUUUCACCCCGGAGAUCUUCAGGACUUAUCCACAAGAGUUACAGUCAAGCAUCAAGAGACCAACAGGAGGCUGAAAAAUGUGUUGAUCACCAUUUAUUGGCUUGGUAGAAGAGCUCAGUGUGACCGUUUCUAUGAUGGGCCUUACCUGAAUUUCAAGGCAUUUGAGGGAUUAUUGGGCACAGCACUAUACAAGGCUCUGCAGGAAUCGUCCAGUCAGAAAGGCACUAACGUCAGAGACAGCGGUUUUGGAGAUAGCUGGUACUCAGAGCGAGAGGAGUUCUACCAACUGAGAGGAGGAGGAGGUGGCAGCGGUGUACACAGGAGAGACGACUCCCUGGACAGUUUGGACUCUUUGGGCUCCCGACCUCACAGCGUCUCCUCCGACACCACUCUUAAAGGCAGCAGCGAGGGUUGUUGCAGUGAUACUGAGGCAGACUCUGUCUUCAGGAUGGCUGAGAACAAGGACAAUCAGAGUUACCGCCGGUCAGUGGUCAUCACACCCAAGGCCAGCGCCCAGUUUAACCAGUUUCUGCCCACUAAAGACAAACCUUCAGGCUACGUGCCUGCUCCACUGAGGAAGAAACGGGCCGAACGCAAUGAGGACAGUCGGCGCAGCUGGGCCAACCCCACAUACGGGGAGGAUGAAGGCACACUCACCAGACAGCGCCAAACGCAAGAGAGUAUCGACGGGAGUAAAUCAGUAAGUGACAUCCAGGUCGACCCCGCCAUCAUACGGCAGGUUCACUACCAAGAGCUACAGAAGUACCGUGAGCAGAUAAAGGAGAAUGAGGAUAAGUGGCAGGAUGACCUGAGCAAGUGGAAGAACCGGCGCAGGAGUGUCAACUCUGAUAUAGUGAAGAAGAAAGAGGAACGGGAGAAGAUAGAGCAGAUUACCUACGGCAGUGACAGAAGGUCCAAGACCUUGAAGGAGAUGGAAGAGGAGAGAGAAAGUAAAGGAAGAAACAGUAUUGGCAGUCGUCUUGGAUCUCUCUCUUACCUGGACGACGAGGACGUAUUUGAGAGACCCGUCAUUGCCCCUCGUACCCGAGCCUUUCCUAACAGGAGCUACACUAUUGACACUUACUAUUCCUCUGAACCCUCUGAGCCUUCUCUGAAAGAGGACGAACCCCCCGCUGCUUCCCCAGCUACUGGCAGGGCCACUUCCCCUCCCACCUCACAGGAAGCUAACAUUGUGGACGGUCCUGCAGGCAGCAACACCACUACCACCGUCACUCCCACCACCAUUCCCAACAGCCACAGCUCUCUCCACAGCUCCCGCUCUCCUGCAGCUGCACCUUUACAGAGGAGUCCUGUCUCAGAACAGACCAGAACAGUCAAGACAGAGGAGACCACAACCGUCGUCUCCUCUUCCAGCCCCCUACAAAAAGUGCCAGAGCCAAGGCCCCCAUUGUCGGGCACACAUACUGAGGUGGAGGCCCCCUCCUCUGGUUUUCUGUACAAACAACAACCACAGCUCAGCUCAAUGGAACCCAAGCCUCCCGGGGUGUCUCAGGUUUCUGCCUCCCUCCCCAGGAGCUACCAGAGAUCGGAUAGCGCACGUCUGACCUCAGUUGUCACGCCAAGGCCCUUCGGGACCCAGCCCUCCCGCAUUAGCUCACUCCCCCGAGUCUUUACAGUGGACGACUCUCACAAGCGUGUCAACGGUGAAGUGGAUGUUUCUAAGAAGUCGUCGGUGCCGAGCCGCUAUCACAAGUUCAUGACCUCUGAGGACGAGGCUCACUCCAGCUCAGCCCACAGCAGUGAAGAAGAGGAGGAGUGGGAUGAGACAGCAGCAAAGAGUGUCACCUCUACUCAGAGCAUCUCACCUGUCCCUCCUCCAGUCAAGAGUGAAGCGCCAGUCAGUCCUGCUCCAACCAAAGAAACCAGCCAGGAGAACUACUGUGAGAUGAGGAUUAACCUGAACCAGAAGCCCAACAGCAGCAGAGACUUUGGCUUCCAAGCAGCCUGGGACUCAACUGGAGCUCGCGUCACGUCCAUCCAGCCAGGCAGCCCGGCUGAGAUGUGCCAGCUUCAGGCCGGAGAUGAGGUGCUGACAGUGAACGGGCACCAGGUGGCAGAAAUGAGCUACACAAACUGGAAGUCCCAUAUGGAGGAAGCUCUACAGGAGGGCAGCCUGGUCAUGGAUAUUCGCCGUCAUGGCAAGAAUAACUGGGACAGAGACCAACCUUCCCUGCCAUUUAAAAGCCAUAAGACCAUCAAUCUGACCAGUACGGAUCAUCCGAUACUUCUAGGUUCCCCUGACAGAAACAGUGCAAACUCCAGCCUGGAUUUCACUUCGGGCACGUCCAAGGAAACACUGCCAUCCAAAGAGGCUCCCACCAACCCUAUCGUCGAUGUGGCUUCAAAUGGAGUUAAUGGAAGUUUCCGUGAGUCGGUGACCAUGAGGAGCAAAGAGUCAGAACCCAUAUCUUUGAAAAACUUAAAACGGAGGUCAGAGUUUUUUGAAAAAGGAGGAGCAGAGUCUGCAUUGCCUGAUAUUCCUGUUCCUUCAAUCAUACCCUCCUCCAGCCGCUGGUCUUGGGACCCAGAGGAAGAGCGCAGAAGACAAGAAAAAUGGCAAAAGGAACAGGAGCGCCUCCUACAGGAGAAAUAUAAGCGUGACCAGGAGAAAUUGCAGGAGGAGUGGAUGAAAGCUCAGCAGGAGAUUGCCAAGAAUGUGGACCAACAGGAGCCUGGGAGCCUGGAGGUGAACAGCCACAUCAUCGGCCCACACUCGCCCCUCGUUCCAGUCAACCAGCCCACUUCUACUCUGUGGGAAGAGGAAGAGAGAAAGAGGAAGGAGGAGCAGGAGCGCCAAAGGCAGGCAGAGGAGAAGAGGAAGAGGGAGGAGGAGGAGCGAGAGCUGCAGCGUCUCGAGGAGGAGAGAAAGAGGAGAGAGAGACAGGUGGAGGAGGAGAGGAAGAGGAGGGAGGAGGAAGAGUUGAGAUGGCAGAGGAGGAGAGAGGAGGAGAGGGAGGAGGAGAGGAGGCGGCAGGAAGCUGCAGAGCAGCAGCGCAGAGAGCGGGAGAGAGCCUUCCAGCAGCAACAGCAGCAGUGGGCUGGUGGCUCCCAUGGCUUUGCCAAUGUCCAGCCUCCAUUGUCCUUUGCAGACAGGGCAAAAUCCAAAUCAUCUCCUCAGCUUGAUGAAGAGGAAAAACCUCAGAGGAAAGGUGUGUAUGUUCAGCCGGGGGGCAUGGCUCACUGGCUGCUGGAGGAGCAGUUGAGGAGUGCACGUGACAAACAGGCCCAGAGUCAGAGGGCUGCAUCAGAGCUGGAGAUGGAGAGGAGAAACAUCCUCAAUGCCAUGAGAUACAGAGAGCCGGAGAGAGCGACGGGCGGUGGAGUGGAUGAGAGGAAAGGUCAGCAGUCCCUGUCGCAGGCUGAGCUGGAGCGGCAGCAGAUCCUGAACGAGAUGAAGAAGAAAGCUCCGCUGCUGACAGACAGCAGCUGGAUUCGCCAGCGUUCCUCCAACAGUGCCACCAACAAGGAGAGUGACGUGCCACCCAUGCGCAGAGGCGAGUCUCUUGACAACUUGGAUGCCUCCUACAACUCCUGGCGCUCGUCAUGGACACCCAGAAGCAACUCUUAUGCCCAAAACUACACCCGGCCUCACUCUGCCCUCUCCGGCAGCACUUCCUUUUACAGUGGCGGGUCUGGGGCCCAGCGGCCUGCUUCCUCCACUCUGCCCUCCUCUUACUCCAUGGGCUCCCUCCGAGGCGGGGCAGGAACCCCCUCGUCCCCAUGGUCUCGGCAGACACCUUCCCCCUCACCUUCCUCUCCAUCACCCAGCACCACUCCAGAGCCCAUGUCUGAGGCAGGCGCCCCUCAGCAGCGGAGCAGGUCAGUGAGUGGCAAGAAAAUCUGUACGUUCUGUGACACCCCGCUGGGAAAGGGAGCGGCCAUGAUCAUCGAGUCCCUCGGGCUCUGUUAUCAUUUGGGCUGUUUUAAGUGUAUCGACUGUAAGUCCGACCUUGGAGGAUCGGAAGCCGGGGCUGAAGUCAGAAUACGAAACAAACAGCUAUACUGUAACUCCUGCUACAUGCGAUUCAAAACUGGCCAGCCAACCGUUAUGUGAUGUGACCAUACUCCAGCAGAUUGAUGAAGAGACUACUUGUGACAACAACCCAUGAAUGUUAACGUGAACAUUGAAGCCAUUGCAAAUAGCUGGGGCACGUGGUUUGGACAUACUUCCAUUUUAUGACUCUAGAAAACCCCAUAUGACUCAAUGAUGAAUCAUGUUUGUGUGAUUGAGAGGGUAAGCUUGCAAAGAAGUUAUCUACUUUAAUGUGUUUAUAUCGUAUUAAGUAUUACAUUUGUACAAAGUGUAAGGGUUCUGCAUGCAGAGUUUUUAAAUGUUUUUGCCACAAAACUAGUCAAGCAAUAAACUGACUAUAAUAUUACAGAGGCGGAGCUUUCGUUUGACCUUCACUGAGACAGAUUUUAGUGAUUCUGAGAGAGAACCCUGUUGGAUUGUUUCAUUUUCAUGCUUGUUUUUCUGCUAAAUCUUAUGGUGUUAACAUGUUUGUCGACCAAGGUAUUCUUGUCAUGUGUAUGUGCCUUUUCAUUUGUACCACGGAGAAGUAAUUAAGAUUAUUAGAAUUCUUUCAAAAUAUAUUUAAAAAAAAAAAAAAAAAACUUCUGCUUUGAUAGCACUUGUCUGGAAUUAUCACUGGUAGAUGGAGGA